CCCAUCUUGUAAGAUGGCAGGACAAAAAGCCGAGAAGCUGGACACUAAGGAGAAGAAACCUGAAGCCGAGAAGGCUGAUGCUGAUGGGUUCAGCUGUUGCAAAAAUAAUUGGUAACAAUGUCAAGAAUCUUCAGAAGUUUGCCUCCACGGUCAAGAUGUGGGUCUUUGAAGAAACAGUUAAUGGGAGAAAACUGACAGACAUCAUUAACAGUGACCACGAAAAUGUAAAAUAUCUCCCAGGACACAAGCUGCCAGAAAAUGUGGUAAGGAAACUGAGGCAUGGAGAGGGUAGAUCACUUGCCCAGCUGGUUGCAGUCUCAAACCUCAACGAGGCAGUGCAGGAUGCAGACCUACUGGUGUUUGUCAUUCCCCACCAAUUCAUCCACAGAAUCUGCGAUGAGAUCACUGGAAGAGUGCCCAAGGAGGCGCUGGGAAUUACGCUCAUCAAGGGCAUAGAUGAGGGCCCGGAGGGGCUGAAGCUCAUUUCUGACAUCAUCCGGGAGAAGAUGGGCAUCGACAUCAGUGUGCUGAUGGGCGCCAACAUUGCCAACGAGGUGGCUGCAGAGAAGUUCUGUGAGACCACCAUCGGCAGCAAAGUAAUGGAGAAUGGCCUUCUCUUCAAAGAACUUCUGCAGACUCCAAAUUUUCGAAUUACGGUGGUUGACGAUGCUGACACUGUUGAACUUUGUGGUGCUCUUAAGAACAUCGUGGCGGUGGGAGCUGGGUUCUGUGACGGGCUCCGCAGUGGGGACAACACCAAAGCAGCCGUCAUCCGCCUGGGGCUCAUGGAAAUGAUCUCCUUCGCCAAGAUCUUCUGCAAGGGCCAGGUGUCCACGGCCACCUUCCUGGAGAGCUGCGGCAUUGCCGACCUGAUCACCACUUGCUACGGGGGCCGGAAUCGCAAGGUGGCAGAGGCCUUUGCCAAGACUGGAAAGACCAUUGAAGAAUUGGAGAAGGAGAUGCUAAAUGGGCAGAAGCUCCAGGGACCUCAGACUUCUGCUGAAGUGUACCGCAUCCUCAAGCAGAAGGGGCUCAUCGACAAGUUUCCAUUGUUUACUGCAGUAUAUCAGAUCUGCUAUGAAGGCAGACCCGUUCAAGAGAUGCUGUCUUGUCUCCAGAGCCAUCCAGAGCAUAUAUAAAGUGGAUCAUGCAACAUGUCGGGCAGAGUUCUGCCCUUCCAAUCAGUCUUUUGGGUGCAAAUGGAAACUGAGACUUGGCAAGAAGAUGUUUGCUUGACUGUAAUCCCGUCAUGGGUGUGUAUGAACUUUUACAGGUUCUUUUUUGAAAUUGCACGAAGAUGUACUGGCAACAACUAGACGCACAUGUGUGAACGUGUGAGUGUGUGUUCAUUUCUCAUUCUGUGGAUGAUUCUAUGAACCAAAAUUAAAGGUCCUUUUUUAAAAUUACUUUUGAAAAUUUCCCACCAUGGUAAUUUAUAAGAUUAGAACUAUCUCAGCUAAAUAUUUUAGAUCUAAUUCACAUGUAUUUGAGUGAAGGAAUUUCUUUUUCUCAUUCUCUUGAUGUUAAAAUUUAACCAGCUUUAAUAACAUGGUAGAAUGGAAGAGUGAGUGUGUUCAAAGAUCAACAUACUGUAACUUUUAAACACUAUCUCAAAGCCAGCAUAAUUAACUACUUUGAUUGUGAGUUGAUCUUUUUUUUAACAAUUAGAUAUUUUUUAUUAGGUAAAUAAUUUUAAUUUCCCUGUUAGUGCAGUUUUCUGCAUUUUUAGCCUCUUCUCCUUCAUUAGCCUCCAGAAUGUGCUCAGCAGUGGCAGAAGACAGAAAACUCAUCUGGGAUCUUCCUGCUGUGAUUGACACAUUCUUCUGAUCACCGACACUUGUAUGAUGCUUUUUGUUAGGUUGCACUUUCAUGCAAACAUUUCCUUUAAGCUGUGCAGAUGCCCUGAGAGGGGGCUGCUACUAUUCUUUUAAGAUGCAAUUACUGUGCCUGGUCACCUGGUGAGGAGGUGUCUAGUGCUCCUCUACCCCACCAAAGUGCCCCAGGACCUUCUCAGAUGUCACUGGGCUGAUUUGACCUCCAGGGAGUGGUUGUGGCAAAUACCAUAUGCAGCCUUCUCUGGGGGCAUAGGAGGGCUUCGUGCAGCUGAUAUUUGUGUGGGGUGUCGUCUAGACGGUUAUCACUCAAAGUGUGGUCCUCAUUCCAUCAGCUUUACUUGGCGUCUCUUAGGUAUUCAGGUUGCCAGAUCCCACCGCUCACCUCUGAAGUGGGCUAUGGUAUCUCUGCUCUAACACCUCCCAUGUCUUUCUGAUGCUCACUACAAUUUUAGAACCACUACUUUAGGAAUUUUACUUUAGAUUGGCAUUUCUCAAACCGUGUUCCAUAGAAAACUAGUGUCCUGGGAUCCAGUGGUGGUUCCGGGUGUACUCUGGCAAGGUCACAUGAGUUUGGGAAAAGCCAUGUCCGUAUACCCCCUCUUGAGGGUGUAGAAUCUAUGUUAGUAUGUUAGUGGACCUUGUUUAUUUAACUUAGCGAGUCUCGAACACGUGAGAUUAUGGAGAUUUUUUUGGCAAGGAUCCUUGCCAAAGUUUCUAGGGGACCCUGUUUUAGGCUGAGGUGACCUUAGGACAGCUUAUACCCUUCAUUCCCUGUAAGAACUUAGGAUGAAUAACUAACUACCCGUGGUAGUAUUAGUUCUGAACUUUUAUAGUUCCGGUCUGCCAUGAGGCUUUGAUGAAGCUUUAAGGUGACAUUGACAAGUACAACCAAGUAGAUGUCAACCUCGCUGAAACGCACAUUAUGUGGAAUAAGUGCUUUUAAUUCUAGAAUUAGAAUGGGAAUUACUGUAUCUUCUUAAAUGAGAUUGGUUUCAGGAUAGCAUUACAAUGACCUUAUAUAGCACUUGAUAAAGUGUUAAGGGAAUAUAUGAAUGUCACUUGCAUAUUCAUGGAUUUUCAGUCACUUUGUGAAUUUUGACCUUUUUAUUUUCCAGCUUGGGACUUCCCCCCCUCCCCCCCCCAUAUCUGAAAUGAUUGCAGAGUAGAUUUUUGUGAGAAUUUUAAAAACUAUCCAAAAUAUUUUGGGAGCAUUAUAAAGUCCUAUCCACAGAAGUAUGUGAAAGCACACAAAAUGUUAACAAGUUCCCUUGAUUUUAGUGCCACUAUGAAGUUAAUCAAUUUUCGCUUGUCUCAUGAUUAAUCAUUUUCGAAGUUGUACAUAGGUAACAAAGUUACUUUUUAAGAUACAUAAAGGAUGGUAAGCUAACUGUGGUGUCUAUUAAGUAGGAUAAUAAGAUGUGAGGGAUUAGGAUUCUGUCUUUUGUAUAUCCUCAUCUGCAUUCAGCUUCCUGCUCUGGGUUUUGUGCUUGAGUGUUUUUCUUUACAAAUGCUCUCUUACCAUUCUAAAGUCUGCUGACUGUACCUCUUGAAAAUACUUAUGAUAUUCUGCAUAUUAUGGAAAAAGGAAAAUUUUAUAUGUAUGUGCUCUGCUAACUAGAUAUUUAUUACUCUGAGUUAUCUAUUUUUAUAACCACCUGCGGUCUAUCAUCUAUUUUAAUUCACAUUUCUUACUAAUUAUGAUAAUGGGGAGAGAGACAUCCUGAAGAGAAGCUUAAUUUGUACUAUUUCAGCCAAUCCGUGAAUGUAAAACUACAUUGUUGCCUUGCUAUAAUGUGGAACAAAUAUCUGUUUUGAAAUCCAUCCUAGCAGGUGGAGUCAAGCUAAAUUCCUUCUGGUUUUUCCUUUAAUCCUUUAACUAUGACGUGACCCCAUGAAGUGCCAGGGUACAAAGGGAUCUUCGGGUUUUCCAUUAGUUCUAAUCUAAGAGCCUUUUACUUACAUGAGCACUGUAUUUGUUUACGGACUAUAGGUGGAUAUAAUUUUAAAGCUUGGUUUAAUAAACAUUUAACCCCCCUCCAAA